AGCAGACCCGCCCACUCCUCUCUGUUCCCUCACUCCCUCGUGCCACCUCGACCCGUCCCUCUACCAUGGACUACUAGGCUCUAGGCGGCGUGCAUGUCUGUCCGCCCCGGGUGCAGGCACAUAGGCAUGGAACCGUCCGCCCCCGCAGCGCCACCGCCACGAGGAGGGGCCGAGCGCGCGGAGGCUGUCGCUGCGGAGCCGGCUCCCGGUCCCGGGGCCAGAGUCGAGGCGCAACAGCAGACGGGGCCCGAAGGUUCCCGAAGGGCGAGCCGAGCGGGGCGGGAGCGAGAGGUGCCGCUGCGGCUGCGCCUCGGGAGGGCCCGUCGGCGGGCGGGGCCUGCCACGCCGACGCCGUCGUGGAAGAUGGAGGACGAGGAGGGAGUCCGGGACCGGGAGGAGGGGCCGUCCGCGCUCGCGGCCGCUUCCGCCGCGGCGGCGAGGAGGAGCUCGGCGUCGGCUUCGGCGCGCCAGCUCGGCGCCAGCCUCUGGGAAAUCCACGACGUCGCGCGGGAGGUCCGCCGGAGCAGGCGGCGCGGCGGGAGGGGCGUCGCCACCGGUUGGGAGCACGGCGGCGGCGGCGGCGGAGAACUGGAUCAGCCACAGAGUUCAGGUGGCAUCGGUAGGCAUCUUGCAGACUCGUCAAUGAAACAUCAUAAGUUGAAUCAAGAAAGAAGCCAUAGAAUACAACCUUUUUCUCCUGCAAGUUAUACAAGCUCAGUUGGGGAUUCCAAUGUGAAUCAAACUAGAAGUCCAACUCGUUCUUUGGGUAUCAUGGGUAGAUCUAUGGGGGAAGGCUAUAGCCUUAAAACAUCAACAGAACUAUUGAAGGUUCUAAAUCGAAUUUGGAGCCUUGAAGAACAGCACACUGCUAACUUGUCAGUGGUUAAUGGAUUGAAACUGGAGUUACAGCAGGCUCAGACACAUGUUCAAGAACUCAUGCAAGAGAGACGGAGGUACAGACAUGAAGUUUCGUCACUAAUGAGGCAACUCUCCGAGAACAAACUUGCUAGAAAAAACAAGGACCACGUGAAGGUUGAUGCAGCUGUGCAUUCCCUGCAAGGUGAGCUAGAGGAUGAGAAACGUCUGAGGAGGCAUUCUGAGGACCUCCACAGGAAGUUAGGCAUGGAGUUGUCUGAAAUAAAGUCAGCAUUUCUCAAGUCAGUCAAGGACCUUGAGAAGGAGAAGAAAGGAAAUCGCCUCUUAGAAGACCUUUGUGACCAGUUCGCAAUGGGCAUCAGGAACUAUGAAGAGGAACUCAGAGUGGUAAAGCAAAGAAAUGUCAAGAGUUAUGAGCUCAACUUUGAUAAUUCAGUGCUCCAUAUUUCAGAAGUAUGGCUUGAUGAGCGAAUGCAAAUGCAAAAUACUGAUGUCAAUGGGGAAUUGGCUCAUAAAACCACAAUAACGGAAAGGCUCAGCAGUGAAAUACAGGCCUUUCUUCUUUCUAGAAAAGCAGGUAGCUCUAUGAAUAAUGAAAAACAUAUGAAUGAUAGUACUAGAUUGCGACGUCAAUCCCUUGAGUCUGUCCAUUUGAAUGGAGCCACCAGUGCUCCUCAGUUAGCUGAAGAUGACGACGACUCUAUUGCUAGUGAUUUGAAUUGCUUUGAACUGAACAUGCAUGGCCAUAUGGGAUCUUGCAGAAGCGGCACAGGUGCCAUGGAUGUGCAUAAGAGAAGAUCAGAGCAUCCUCAUGGUAUAGCUGCUGAAGGUUCACGCAUGUCCAGUGUGCCAGUUUAUUCACAGAAAGGCAUCGCAAGGCCCAGUAGCAGCAAACUGCAGCAUGCCAGUAAAGUACCAGAAAUCAACUCACAAAGCAAUGCCAGAAUUACUUCAGCAGAAGAGCAGAAUGGAAGCACAAACACCCAAAUUAUUCGAGGAUCCAACAAUGGGUCAAUGAAGAACAACCCAAAUGCGCAUCAUGUUGAUUUCCUGGGGCAGGAAUCCUUUGAUCAUUUUUCGCGAACAAGUCUAUUUUGUGAAGGCACUACUUCAGGGGAUUUGGGUAAUGUUGGCAGCCCAACACGACAACUGAAAUACCAAUCCACAUCUUUGGACCCUGAGAUAACGGAACGCCCACCUGAACAGCCGGUAGGUGUGAUGGAGAACACCCUGAAGGCAAAAUUACUUCAAGCAAGGCUAGAGGGGCGACAUGCCCGAUUAAAGGCAGCAGGUGGCUCCUCAACCAGCAGGAGAAAGUGAGAGUGCUGCAGAUUCUGGGGUUUUACUGUUUGAGGCCCACAUGAAGAAAUAAAAGGUGUAAUAUAGCUAACUUGUAUCUAUGGAAUUUUCUUUGGCUGCGUCAAUUGGUUCAGUAUCCAUGUACAUGGGUUAUGAACUAUCUGAAUAUAUGAAUCCUAGUUCCAUAUGUGAAUCACCUUCCAUGUCAAUUAGGCUGUUAGUUAGAUGCCAGCACACUUUAGGCUGAUAGCUCAAAACUCAGAAGGAUUUUGGCUAUGACACCUUGUGUCUUGUUAAUCUCUCUGACACUUUGCUUAGAAGUCUAUUUUGAUGUAUUACAUUUGAACAGCCAACUUCUCAGACUUCUCAAUAGUUUCUAUGAGUCUGUAUGAGCAAACAUGGUACAUGGCGCAUGGGCACCUUAAAUUUUUUGUGGUUGACAGUACAAUAUC